ACAGAUGUCAGUGACGUCAGUGUGUCAGUGUCACUAAGAGUAAAUAAAAUGAGUGGUAGUAUUCGUUACUUUGUUAUUGUUUUAAUUUAAAAUAUUGGAAAUCUGAGGGCAAUCCUAACAAGAAUACUCUUUUUAGUCUGCUUAAAAUUGUAUAAUAAUGACUGUUAACAAUACCAUUGCACAUCAACGGCUCAUACUCAGUGGAGAUCGGGAAAGAUUCAAGGAGCUAUUAAGACGAAGAUUAAUUGAAUGUGGAUGGCGUGAUCAAGUGAGGAUGCUGUGUCGAGACAUGGUUAAGGAUAAUGAGGGUAGUAACGUAACAUUUGACAUGUUGGUCAACAGAGUGACACCACGAGCUAGAGCCCUAGUGCCAGACACAGUUAAGAAGGAACUACUUCAGAAAAUCAAGACACACCUUCUCACACAAAAAGACCAAUAAAUGAUUAAUAAGUAGAACCCUGAUUAUCCAAACUAUAAAAAUGUGGGUUAUUUGGGAACAGAACAAACUAAAAGAACACUUAUACAUAAAAACAGGAGGCUUAGCUUUCACCUUAGCUCAUCAUUAAUAGAAAAUGCCAAUCAAAACUUGAAUACAAUAAUGUAUGGAAAUAUUCAUGAGACUUCUCAUAGCAUCUGUCAUCCUGAUACAUUUUAACUUUUUUACAUAAUUAACAUUAUGAUAUAAACACCUAGAAAAGUUCGGAUAAUUGAGGGUUCAGAUAAAAUAAGUCAGUGUUUAAGUAAUUGAGGUUCUACUGUAGAUUAAAUUGUAUUGUCACAUUGAAGUAUUGCAGUGCACCAUCCAUAUUUAAGAAAAAACUGAAUAAAACACUUUCUACAACCAA